GGUCCUCGGCGAUUAGUCUAUGGGAAAGCGGCCGCUCCCUGCAGCGGCUUCGGCGGGAUAGUGUCAGUCCUCACCGCGGUACCCUGUUUAUCGUGCAAGCCCCAGUCUGUCAGACAGGAGGAUGAGCGACCCGGUUAAAAGCGUUGCUUCUAGUACGGCACCAACUGCACCAGCAGGGGCCCCAGUCCCGGGAUCUGACACUUACAAAGGCUGGCUUUUUAAAUGGACAAACUACAUAAAGGGUUACCAGCGCCGAUGGUUCGUUCUAAGCAACGGCCUGCUAUCAUAUUACAGAUCUAUGGAUUUAUGUUUCCUGGAGAUUUGUGGCCAUGUGAAUUCCAGGACGCAGGCUGAGAUGGCCCACACUUGUCGAGGCACCAUUAACCUGGCCAUGGCUCACAUCGACACGGAGGACUCAUGCAACAUCGUGCUGACCAGCGGGGGCCGCUCCUACCACCUGAAGGCAAGUUCGGAGGUGGAGAGGCAGAGAUGGGUCACCGCCCUGGAGUUAGCAAAGGCAAAAGCCAUUGGAAUGAUGCACGAGCAGUCAGGGCUGCAGUGUUGCAGAAGCAGGAAACAGACAGACUCACAGCUGCUAAAUGAGCGCGUUCUGUUUAAUGCAGUCAGAACUUCAGCUAGAAUUAAUCCAGAUGACUCAGGGGACGAGGAGUCCACCUCUCAGUCAGAUAAGAGUGAGAUCCACAGCACCCUGAAAGCCCUCUCUAGCAAACUCGAGGAUCUGAGCACCUGCAACGACCUCAUCGGCAAGCAUGGGGCAGCCCUGCAGAGAUCCCUGAGCGAGCUGGAGAGCCUAAAGAUCCCUGCCGAGAGCGGAGACAAGAUCAAAUCAGUCCACGAGAGAGCCACCCUCUUCAGGAUCACCUCCAAUGCUAUGAUCAAUGCAUGCCGUGAUUUCCUGGAGCUAGCAGAGACCCACAGUCGGAAAUGGCAGCGAGCUCUGCAGUAUGAGCGUGAGCAGAGGAUCCGUCUGGAAGAGACAAUCGAGCAACUAGCCAAGCAGCACAACAGCCUGGAGCGAGCCUGCAGGCAAGCGCCUGCUCUGACCAACACCCCAGCCAUCUCCAGCACUGCCACAGGGUGUGUGCGACCUUUGAAAGGGGAAGCGAGUGACGAAGAUGAAGAGACUGAGUACUUUGAUGCCAUGGAGGAUGCACCAGCCUUUAUCACAGUAGCAGCAGACCACAAACAGCACAGACAUUUAGGGAGCAAUCAAAGUGGGGCCAGUGGAGGACAGCCCAACGAUUGGAACCUGGAGGAUCAUGUGUUAGACUGUCAGCACCAGGCUGGCUGUAACGAAUCAGCUGGGAAGGAAGUCAUGCCGAGGAAGAAGAGGCGAACCCGCAUCCCUGACAAGCCCAACUACAGCCUGAACCUGUGGAGCAUCAUGAAGAACUGCAUCGGCAAGGAGCUCUCCAAGAUCCCUAUGCCUGUGAAUUUCAAUGAGCCGCUGUCCAUGCUCCAGAGGCUGACAGAAGACCUGGAGUACCACGACUUGCUGGACAAGGCUGCCAAGUGUGAGAGCAGCAUGGAGCAGAUGUGCUACGUGGCUGCGUUCUCUGUGUCCUCCUACUCCACCACGGUGCACCGCACAGCCAAGCCCUUCAACCCCCUGCUGGGGGAGACCUACGAGCUGGAUCGGCUGGAGGAGCAGGGCUACCGCUCCCUGUGUGAGCAGGUGAGCCACCACCCGCCCGCGGCAGCGCACCACGUGUACUCAAAGAGAGGCUGGACGCUGCGACAGGAGAUCACCAUCGCCAGCAAGUUCCGCGGGAAAUACCUCUCCAUCAUGCCACUGGGUGCCAUUCAUUUGCAGUUCCACUCCAGCGGAAAUCAUUACGUUUGGAGGAAAGUCACCUCUACUGUGCACAACAUCAUCGUGGGCAAGCUCUGGAUCGAUCAGUCGGGGGAUAUAGAUGUGGUUAAUCAUAAAACCAAGGAAACCUGCCAGCUCAAGUUCUCGCCCUACAGCUACUUCUCCAGGGACGUCGCCAGAAAGGUAACAGGUGUGGUGACGGACGGAGAGGCGAAGGCGCACUACAUCCUCUCAGGCACGUGGGAUGAUAAGAUGGAGUAUUCAAAAAUCGUGCAGAGCAGCCGAGGUAACAGCGGCUCCGAGGGCAAGCAGAAGACAGUGUACCAGACCCUGCCGUCCAAACUGCUCUGGGAGAAAUACCCACUCCCGGAAAAUGCGGAGAACAUGUACCACUUCUCGGAGCUGGCUCUCACCCUGAACGAGCCCGAGGAGGGGGUGUGUCCGACGGACAGCAGGCGUCGGCCGGACCAGCGGCUCAUGGAGAACGGGCGCUGGGAUGAAGCCAACGUGGAGAAGCAGCGUCUGGAGGAGAAGCAGAGAGCCGUGCGGCGCCGGAGAGAGGCAGAGGCUGUGGAGGCUCAGGACGAUGAGUCUGAAUAUGACUCGGGCAAAGAAUACGAAGGCUAUCAGCCACUAUGGUUUGAGAAGAAGGUGGACCCCAUAUCUCGGGAGACUGCUUUCGUGUAUAAGGGGGGUUACUGGGAGGCAAAAGAGAAAAAGGAUUGGAAGAAGUGCCCUGAUAUAUUCUGAGGAAACACAGAGACUGAUGGACCUCGGAAACCUCUAAUUCAGCAAUAGAAAAGAGAAAAAGAGUGGGGAAAUGCAUAUAAAUAUCUGUGUAUGUGUAUAUAUAUAUAUAUAUAGUCUGGAGACAGAAGCAAGCCAGACUGCACUGGAGCCCAAACUACUCACACCCGCCAGACUGCCAAGCAGAGUAACGACCACUUGUUGAGACUACAGCAGUGAUCUACAAUGUGUAACCUUCUGAAAGAAACACAGGCUGAGAAAAGAGAGAAAAACAGUGUUGGCAUUUGAUAGCAAUCCAGUGACAGCAGUGACACAUAAACACAAGUGUAAUGUCAGCGCAGGAUCAAUUAGAGAAUUUCUGGUGUUGCAGGGUGUGCUUUAAAUAAUACAGCCUCUGAGCUUUUUUAAAUGAUCAUUUCUAACACUAAACAUUUUCUUUUUUAAUAAUACAGGUUUGAAAGGUGGUCUUAAAUGGUUUAUUUAGAUUCGCUUUGUAUACCAUUGUCUGUUUGUCGAUACAUCCAGGUGACUUUUUAAAUCACCCCCUGUGAAACCAAUAGAGCUCUCAAACAUGUCUUAUCUCGAAGUACAGCUCGUACACCAGAGUGUAACCAUUAACCUGUCCCCCUGCAACACUCCCAGUGGGUUUAGUGAAGUGGCUUAAAUGCAGCAUAUGUUAUAUCCACUGGUGGCAGUGUUGCACAGAAACAGGUUAAUGGUAACAUUUUGAGAUUAGUUUCUAAGAGCUCUGUUGAAGCUGCAGUGAUGAUUUUAAAAGAGUUUUAUAAGUAACCAGGAUGUGAUGAGUGAAACAGAAAAUGAUACACAAAGUGAUUCUAAACAACAACAGUAAUACAGAUGUUGAUCAUUGUAAUAUUUAGUGGACUGGUCCAGAUAACAAUAAAUUAUCUAAAGGUUGUGUAUGCUAUUACACAAACUGUAUCAAAUGGUCAUAUAAAAGAAAGAAUGGGUCAUUAAUUCAAAAUUGUAAUACUAUGACAGGAUGAAGCAGUAAAUGAAAUAUGAUUUGUGAAUUGUAUGUAAAGGCCACAUACAAGAUCUAGUUGUAUCAAGAAUGUUACUCUGCUGUCCUGCUGUGUCAUGACACUGCUGACAAACAAAUGCCACCAGUGUAGCUUCUUUGAAGGUACCUUCUCAGGGGACUUAAUGAGAACAAUGCCUUUAAAAAACAGAGAAAUGGGCUAGUUAGCCGGAAAGGGUACAGUAUCUGUCUUUUUCCAAUAGGUCCUGGACUUUGUAAAGUCUAAGACAAUCAACACCAGUCUGUCAAACUGAAAUGAUCUGGUGCUUAACUCCUUCUCUCAGAGUUCCCAGAGGAAAGAAAGCUCUGGGAAAUUAUACCGCAAGCUCAUUUGAAUUGGAAGCUUGAAGGUCAUUUGAAAGAGGUCAUCAGGUGGCAUCACACCAAAAAUAUACUUGAAAGAAUUCAAAGAUUUACCUAAAUAUGGUAAUGGGGGUCCCUGAGUUGCUCACCUGGUAAGGGCAUGGCUGCGUGGUGUGUAGGGCGAGUCAUAUACUCUAGGGAGUGUAGAUUCGUGUCUUGGCUCUGCAAAGCUGUUGUCCACUGAGUUCAAGCGGGCCUGCUGUUUGUCCUCCAGGAUUAUUUUGAUAAAACAAUACAAAGUUGGCAUUUCAUCCAAUGCCAUUAACACUGGCCACACUGAUGUUUUUAAGUGCAGCUUCAGUGAAUUGAUUGAUAAAGAACUGAAGCUGUGUUUUGCCCAUCAGAUGUUGGUUCUUAUUAAUUUGUGAUUAUCAGAUUUGAAUUAGCCACCAGUGCAGCAUUAAGAGAACAUGUGAAUGCCUUCCUUUGAAAAACAUCAAGCAGGUGCCAGUUGCUUCCUGAUGACGUCAAAAGCCAGCUUCGAGAAGGGGUUCAGAACCAGCUCACACUGUUAGAUGGUAUUAUUGGAACAACUAGGAGCCUUAGUCAUGGUUCACAUGAUUGCUGCUAACGGCAGUCAGCACACACGUAUUUACAUUGCAAAAGUCAAUUUCGGGUCAGGCAUUGUACUGUGUCAUCCAAUACCAAUAAGUUAUCUGAAAUAGUAUCAAAAGGAAAAUGGUCAAAGUAGCUUCGUUGUGCUUUAAAGAUACCUAUUUCAGACAGGUGAUAUGCUUUUCCAAUUUAAAUACGUGUUAAACAUCAGGUAGCAGCAAUUACUUCUGCUUAGACAGACUGCGACUGAGGCAUCCCAUAUACCCUAAAAAGGAAUUCUCCACUAGACUGGUGCAGUUCAGGAAGUGACACAUUCUCUAGUUCUGUGAGUCUGGAAGCAGGUGUCUGGAUAACAUCUACCUGUGACAGCACAACCUUAGCUUCUUAAAAUAUAUCAUUGCUGGUACUGGAAACAGGUAUAGAAAGUCACUGGAUUAAAAAUCCCUACCACUCAGCUGCUCCUGUGAAUAUUUGGUGAAGAAAAUAAAAUUCAAUAAAAACUGUAUAUAGUGCAAUUGUUUUAAACAAAAAACAAAAUUGUAAAUUUACAUUUAAAAAAAAAAAAAAAACGUUUAGCUUAUCAGAAUAGAAUCUAGUAACCGUCACCUUGGUGUGAUUUGCUUUUUAAUUUUUUAAUAUAAUUUGUAUAAUACAUUAUUAUUCUUGGGCGUAAUCUUCCAAGGUGAUUUUAAGUGAACAAAACUUCCAUUUUGGUCUAUGUGAAAAAAUGAAGUUGUCUCCAUUCCAUUAAAGAGCAACUUGGUGCGGGUGUGGAGUAUCACAGAUAUCUGAACUCACUGAUUGCUGUUUCAAUUUGUACAUCGUUUUCUGUUUCAUUCAUGGCAUCUAUUUCCCAAAAGUUUAAAGCUGUGGCUUCAACAGAGCUCUCAGAAUCAUGUCUACCCAGCUGGUAGAGUGUAACCCUUCACCUGUUCAAACACCGCCCCCCCUUGCAGGGAGUCAAACAAUAUUAAAUGGACAGACAUUUCAUCUGAUGCCAUUACCACUGAGCAAAGGUAUUUUAUGAGUGCAUCUUCAGUGAAGUGAUUCACAGUGAACCGAAGCUGUGUUUUGCCCAUCAGAUGACCUCUACAAAAAUCAGUGUCAGAAAAAAAAAAACAUAUUGGUUCUUACCAUUACACAGACUGGUGCACCAGCUGUAAUUACAGAGAAGACAUGUUUGACUGGAUUGCUUUCAUACUUUGAGUUUUACCAGGAUUUGAUUAAUGAAAUAGAUCAAGUGAAUAUAGGAAUAAGAAUCCAUCAGUGAAGGUAACUGAUAUUUCAUAUUCAUGCCAAGUCGUUCUUUAAGUGGUUCUAAUAGGGUAGAAUUCGAAAAAGAGUUCCGUAGCACUGGCGUGACAAAUACAGCGCAGACCGUGUAGAUAGAAAGAAGAGCCAUGAAGAGCCAUGAAGGAGGCAGGAGAGUUCACACCUCUCACCAUUAUUGCUAUGCAGAUUGUAUCCUGAAUGGAAAGAAACUAGUUCACUAUAUAAUCAAUGGAACAAAGCAAAAUAAUAUACAAGUAAUGUUUUGAUGUUUGAGAAUCAUGCGUUUAAUUAAGAGGUCAUUCUAGAGGCGAGACGCCAGCCCCUUGGUUUGCCCCAAUCUCUUAGGCUUUGUUUUCUACUUCUCCCCUAUGCCUCUUUCAAGGGUGCAUUACCUGGCCUUGCUCAGCCUCAUAGCAGCCUCAUAGAGGGCAGCUCAUUCAGACUGAAUCCUGGGUCACACCUAUACUAGCACUCCCUUAAAAAAAGGAUCUAACUUAAUCAUGCUGUCGUCUCGCUCAUUGAAUAUUUAUGUCAAACCCAGUCAUGUUGCUCAGAUAAUGUAUGGUAAAACAUUUUCAAAACAUUGUAAUUUGAAGUUAUUAUCUAAUUGGUGUUUGAAAUGUGAACGUAUUGGAAAGGUGACACUUUAUUUGUAAAUUCAGUUCAGCAAUAAUGUGAGGUGUACGGAACUGGAUAAUGCAUUUUAUUUGUCUGGUCGUUCGCUACGGUCUGUGAAAUUCAAAUCAGUAUCUGAAACUGAAGUCUGUGGCAUGCUUUUUUCGAUAAAAGUGUACGAUUUCCAUGUGAUUAAGACACAUGAAAUUGAAGUCAUGCCUAGGAAAAAUAUAAAAUGGUGGUUCCAAUGGUAACUAUUUUCAACAUUUUAUGUACCAAAAACAGCAGGAAAAUGCCAAAAUUAUUUUUAAAUUUUCCUCUGGUAAUACAAAUACAACAUGCUAGAUUUUGUUAGUAUGCAUGAUAUGGAUGUAUAUAAACUGUAGCGAACAACUCCAGGCAUAAACCCAAUGCUUAGGAUAUACACAGAACCAUCAGACAGAACAGUACACAGCUUAGCUUCCAUACAAAACCCUUCAACUGUGCUCAUGGGUCUUCUUAACGAAUAAUUCUAAUAAUCCAAUGGGGUUUUAGCUUUGAUUUCUAGCUUUCUCAAAGCUUUUAUUAGUUAUGUGAAUUAUUUGAUCUUUGACACUUCUUUGUAAUCAAGGUAAAAUGAUGAAGACAGAUUCUUUCUGUCUGAAUUUUAUAUCUUAAAAGUUUUACUAUCAUGAACUUCUGCUGUUUGACGUAACCCUUUAGUGCCUAAUGCAAACAUUGUGUGCAUUUGUUACAGUUGUUUUCCCCCAAUCGACCAGUGUAAAACAAUUGAUGCUUAGUGUUCACAAAAUGUGUAAAAUCAUUGCACUUCCCAUGACUCUCAUUAAGGUAUCGUGUUAAGGUAUCGUUGACCUUGAGUUCAGGAGUUGCUCUUGUGUUCUAGUUGCCUGUCGCAUGUAAUAUAAAGAUCAGUGUCUUUAUAUAUUAGUAAGCGCCAGCACCAUUGAGCAUUGUGUAUUGCCUGCAAUGGAAAAGCAAAUUGAGCCAAAGUGACAGAACAGUAGAUGGCACAUUGACUAAUCUAGCCUAUAUAUCUACAGCAGAAAACUAGAAUUGAAGAGAAUUGAACAUCAACACAACCUGAAGAGACAGUAAAAUAUAUAUAUAUAUAUAUAUAUAUAUAUA